UAUGGAAACGGACGAUACUAACUCAGGUCGGUCCGCUAUAGGCCAGUUUAAUUAGUUUGAAAGCUUAGUUUACUUAAGUGAAACAUUUGCGACCAAAGCGGAUAACUAACUAACUUAUCCAAGUUAACGCGGCGUUAACCUACUAGAUAGCGAAUUUAUCUAGUUAUACGCGAGGUUUAGACAAGCAGUGACGCAUAGUUAGCCAACUAAAUUAUCUAAUCAUAGAUAACGUGUUAAAGCAUGGACAUUUCCGCAUGUCAGAAUGCUGCUCUAAACCAUGUGAACCAGUUUUGGUCCAUGCUGGAUGAUAUGGCCCAAAAUAAUCCUGACGAGUACAAGACUUUUAUCGAGCGCCAGAUGCGAGACAGUGCCGAAUAUUUUUCACCCCCUGAGCCGAACAGCUGCCUCCGCGCAUCUGUACAGCCACAUGAUGGGAUACUGUAUGUGAACGUGUGUGGUUGGAAGCGAGUGCCUGCACCGGCCUCUCCUACUCAACCUGUUCCUGUGUGUGGAGGAAAACUGGAGACCUCUUCUGAACGCGAAGAGAAUUACCGUAUAGUGGAGGUGGCCUUCAACCCAAAGGUUCUUCACAGAGCAGAGAAAAACCCACAAGAAAAGGAGCAGAUACACCUACUGGCUCUAAACUUCAUCCAGAAGCAGCAUAAGCUGAGCCUGUCGCAACACUUCACUGUCAUGAAGGCCAAACUAAAGGGCACUGUACAGGAUAUGAAACACCGGCUAAUGUCACUAAAUCAGACCAAAUCCAGGACACUAAACCAGGAUAAUCUGCAAACUGAACCAGCCCAGUCAUUGCUUCAGCAGAUCUGCUCACUACGAAUAGGAGAAGCAAGCGAUGAGUGCAGCAUUCAGCUGAAUCAGGGGCAGGAGAACAAAGACAAGGCCAGGCCAGGUCUGAUUGAGGUGAUCUCCAGCACUGAGUUUGUUCAGCCUCAGCAGCCAAAACAUCAGAUGACAGUGUGCUCACUGAGCAGUGACUCAGUCAGGAGGAUAAAGCUGCGUGUAGAACUGCCGGCAAUAAGCUCUGUCUCCCAGUGCCAGCUCAGCAUCAGUCAGGAUGACAUACUGCUGGAAGCGGAGAAGAUGUAUUUUCUUCAUCUUUGGUUCCCUGAACGAGUGAAAGAGGAAACGUGCCAUGCAACAUUCAACAAGAAGAAACACAUACUGACUGUUACAGCAUCUGUACUGUAAAUUCAAUAAGUAGUUUUCCAACAAACCAUCAUCUACUGUACACACUCCUUUUCAGCUCCAUGAUGUUAAUCAUCUAUGUAUGUAUUGUAUGCUAUAUCAAUGUCCUUAUCUAGGUGAUAUUUAUGACAUUAUACUAACUGAACAUUAAAUUUUGCAAGUUGACACACAUGCUUGCAG